AUGUCAGAACCUGACCCUUUGUCUGGAUUUGUAGGAAAUAUGGAAAAUGGGACUUUCCUGGAGCUGUAUCCCACAUCCCUUUCAACUUCCGUGGAUUCAUCGCCUGGCCGUUUAUCCAACGUCUAUGUCUAUGUUUCUAUAUUCCUUAGUCUGUUAGCUUUUCUCCUUUUGCUAUUGAUCAUUGCACUUCAGAGGCUGAAAAACAUAAUUUCUUCCAGUUCCUCCUACCCAGAAUAUAAUAGUGAUGCUGGAAGCUCUUUCACUAAUUUAGAGGUUUGUAGUAUUUCUUCCCAGCGCUCUGCUCUCUCAAACCUUUCUUCAUGA